AUGUUUGAGAGGUUGUUGCCAGUUGGUGGAAGAGGGAGGGAGGGAGGGAGGGAGAACUGGAUGUAUCGCCGUCAGACAGUAGUAGUGAGUGGAGGCCAGCGAGAGAAGUUCACCCGAUCUCCUCCACUUUUCUUCCGUUGCUGGGUUGGAUCCCCUUUUUCGCCGUCAACCUUCGGGCUAUUUACUCCUAUCGGCAUGCAUCAUGAUACAUGUUGUGUUGCCUCGGGCAAAGAGCGGGUCUUGAAGCUUUGCAGCCUUUCCCAAGGUUCUGGCAGCUUUUUUCCCUCUCCUCUCGCGAUUGUGGACCCGCGCGGCUAUCUCCGCCAGUCGAGCCAAAUACCUGGUAACGUGCGCUGGCGUACUGUACCUAGUUACUGCUCACCUGACCGUCGCGAGCUGCGCGGUGACACCAAGCCACUUCGCGUCUUCCCUGCACUUGCUGGGGGGCAACUUUACUGUGUACGCCCAGCCCCAUGCCCCAUGCCUGCCCCCCAUGUCCCGAGUCGCGACGGCUAUUUUUCCGAACAAACCGUUUACCAUAUGAUGAUGGAACAGCUCCGCUACGCCAGGCUCUUUUUACACUCCAGCAUGGGACUUCAAAACAGGAAUGAAUAUCAACUCAAUCCGUACGGAGUAGCCCUCAGGUGGCUUUGUAUGAGGUUUUAGGAGAUUUCACAUUACUACUCACCCCCGGGACUGCGAGGGCUAGGGCUGAAAUCUCUUGAUUUGUUUUUUCUUUUCUUUUUUUUAUCAGAAGUCCUGACUACUUCCCCGGACUUUAACUAUUAAUUAUUUUCUUUGUUUGCACCAGAUAAAAAAAGAAAGACUUUCACCUUUCCCCAGGGAAGGCAAGAAAAGAAAAGAAAAGAAAAGAAAAGAAAAAUUUACGGGGAUGGAGAGAAACGUUGUUCCUACUGGCCAGCUCAAGCCAGAAAGCUAGAAAUACAUCUAUCACAUUUUCCGGUCGAAUUGAACCAGAGGUUCUCUUUUAAAGAAGUUCCAGUUACGGAUAGACUACUUUUUUCCCCGUCUCCCUCCUCCGCGCCACUUGAUAUACGGAGUGUUCAGAUCUCAGAUCUUCAUAGUUGGGUGGCACUUGGACGUUGCGCGGCGGCGCCGGAUACAUGAACAGCGAACUUAUGGAAAGUGGUCCUGUCGAAUCGCGAACCUGGAGCUGAGGACGUCGAGCAGACAAAGCGCAAACGGUCAAUGCCGGUCUGAUGAAUUGUAAAUCAUUUCUUGAAGAAGAAGAAGAAGAAGAAGAAGAAGAAGAUAUGCAUCAAGCAAUGGAAAAGGGGGAAAGGAGAGCGCUACGGCCGUAUGUACGGGUUACCCUGCCAGAGGCUGCUGCAGGUGCAGCUGGCGUGCGUGCAGAGAAAAAACGCCCAGGCACAAUGAGGAUUUUGCGGUUCUCAAUAUACUCACCAUCUCUUUUUUCUUUUCCGCCUACAGUUCAAUAUACCAAACCGUCGGGUUUUAAUCGUCAACGCCCGUCCCCCGUCCCCGACCUCCCCGUCAAGAAAUAAUAAUAAAAGUGUACCCACCGUAUUCCAAACAUGAACACUCCAUACUGUAUGUAUCUCUUGUAGAUACAAUACAUACAUACAUACAUAACAGACUUGCUCCAUACAGAGCGAAUCAAACCCCAUACUUCAUUUUUGACAUCUGUACUCCGUAUCGUAGACUCUCUCACUCUCUCUCCCCCCUCGGUCUUGCUUUCUUUGUUAUGGAGCGCGCAUCAUUCCUGCGAAUACACGGGGGGAAUAUGUCUUUUACAGAUCGUGUAACAACAACAUACGACACAUAUGCAGCACGAACGUCCACCCCAUACCAUACCAUACCCAUACCCCGUUAACCCCAUACAUCUCAUAAAAAGCGUGUCAUACAGAGUUACAGUUACUUAGGAUCAAAGCCUUGACUCAGUGAUACAAGCCUCGGCCGGCGAAAGAGGGCAAAUAGGGGGUGCUUUACAAUUAAUAGCAAAGAGAAAUCUAGCUUCCAUGUGUCAUAGCAAAAAUAUUGAACUAUUUGGUAGUUAGUAGUAGUAGUAACUAGUUAACCAGUUUUAUUUGUUGGGGGGAAAAA